UGGUCUCCUGUUUACUCUUGACUUGGUGUCCGUGUCAUUGUUUUCGUCAUGUCUUCUUGACUUAUUGUAACCGCUAAUUUUGAAGCACAACUACCCCUUAUUAACAUGUGUAUGAGAAUGCAAGGCUUUGUCUUUUUUACAAUGCAAGGCAUUGGUCAAGUCCACCGUUAAUUUCUUCUCCCCUCACUCCUACUCCUCUUCCUUCCACGGGCUUGUCUCCUCCCUAACCCGUCUCCUCUCCGGUUCCCCUUGUUGGGCCGCUCAGGCACUGACAUGAUGGGUAAGAUGCUGAAAAUGCAGAUGCUGGAGGAUGAGGAUGACCUGACCUACGAGAAGGAGAUGAAGGGCGACCGCACGGCGUCCACCUCAACCGAGGCCCAGCCCGCCUGGAUGCGCACGCUGCGCACCACUGCCACCAAUUGGCUGACGCUCAUCCCGCAGGUGGUCAACCACCUCAAGCGUACGGUGGAGAAUAUCAAGGAUCCCCUGUUCCGCUUCUUUGAGCGCGAGGUGAUGAUGGGCACCCACAUGCUUCAGGAGGUGCGGCAAGACCUGACUGAUGUGGUGCAGGUGUGCGAGGGCAAGAAGCAAACCAACGACCUGCGGACCCUCAUCAACGACCUUGUCAAAGGUAUCCUGCCUCGUAGUUGGUGCCGCUACACCGUGCUUGCCUCCAUGACUGUCAUCCAGUGGGUGGCCGACUUCAGCGAGCGCUUCAAGCAGCUGCAGGCCAUCUCCCAGGGAGCUGCCAGCGAGGGCGCUAAGGAGCUCAAGAACAUCCAUGUGUGCCUGGGCAGCCUGUUUGUCCCUGAGGCCUACAUCACGGCCACCCGUCAGUACUGGUCCCACUGUUUCUGGAGGUCAACGUCACCACCACACAGGAGGACGCGUCGACGUCUGCAGCUUCGGCAUCAAAGGUCUGAAGCUGCAGGGAGCCACCCACGGCAACAACAAGCUCUCUCUCUCCAACUACAUCUCCACUGAGCUGCCACUGACUCAGCUGCGCUGGGUGAAGCAGUUGAGCGCUGAGAAGAGGCACAUGGUCACUCUGCCUGUGUAUUUGAACUUCACCAGAGCCGAUCUCAUCUUCACCGUAGACUUUGACAUCGCCACCAAGGAAGACCCUCACAACUUCUACGAGUGUGGCGUGGCAGUGCUCUGCACAGAGUAGUGUCACCAGAAGCCUAGAGAGUUCCCAUUAAUAAAUCAUUCCUAUUAAUCAUUUAUUUGUAGUAUAGUACUCUUAUGAAACAGUUUGUAUGGUUAAUGUCGAUAUGAAACAUUUUAUUAAUGUAGUUGAAGUAAAGUCUGUAUUUAACAUCACGCACUGCCUCUUGACGCACUGCCUCUUCCUGUGGCCGCACACUUGUGCUGUCUCUGCUCGUGGAAGACCGAACUUCCAUUUGAAGAGUCACCUGAGAGGGACGGGACUGUCAGGAGAUUUCUCUGAAGAGCUCUUCUUUGGGAUUUGGUUGGCAGAUCGUAUCCAACUUUUAGGUGCCUACACCUACUGUACUGGUGUGUGAGGCAAUUCACAGCCUACCAACAUAUUAUUUGAUGCAAUAAUAAAGAAUUGGAGAAAAGGAAAA